AUGAAGAAGCAAGAGACUCUCACCACAUACACACAAUCGAAUUUUAAGCAACUUAUUAACUUUUCAACACGAAUAUGCCAUGAACAGAGCUCUCUGAUUGAUCUACUACUGGUAAAUGACGAAAAGCUAGUCGCCUCAAUAAAAUCCGAACCUCGAAUAGGCUUGCGUGACCACGUAGUCAUUACAGCAAUCAUUCAGUUAAACCUCAAAACUGGCAGUACUCACAAAGUGCAAAAACCAAAUUCUUGCAAAGCAAAUUAUAAAGCGAUCAACAAAGAAAUUUCCCAAAAGAAUACCCAUUUACAAGUAGCAGAGGAAACAACUCAUGCUGCAACAAUUCUUACCAAACUUUAA